UUCGCUGACUUUUCGGCUAUCGCCAUCGUCAUCAGUAGUUUUUGAUUUCGCUUGCGUCGCUUCGCAGUUUGUAAUUUCUAGUGCUAAUACAAACAUCUACAAAAGAAAUAUCUCUGCCCCUAUUAAAAAAAUAAAAAAAGUCACUGUAGGUAGCAGCUGCUGACUUCAAUUUUUGUGCUAAAUCCAGGUACAUAAAUUGUUUGCAGAGUUUUGUAAACGUUGCCGUGGGCAGAAGCAGCAAAGUGAACGUCCUGGUGAAAUUUAGCGGCAAAUCAUUUGACUGAAAACUUAAAAUGGAAAAAUUGGAUGCAAAUCUGGAGACACAAUUCGAUCUCAAUCUCAUUGAGGCAGUAAAACAAAACCCGGUUAUUUAUGACCGUUCACAUUAUAAUUACAAGCACUUCGUAAGGAAGGCUCAAACCUGGAAGCAGAUUGCAGAGCUACUAGGAGUCCCUGAACAAAAAUGCACAAAACGCUGGAAGAGUUUGCGUGACAAAUUUGCACGUGAAAUGAAAUUGUGUCAGGAAUCGCGAUGGCGCUAUUUCAAGCAAAUGCAGUUUUUAGUGGAUUCAAUAAGGCAAUAUCGUGAGUCGCUUCUGGGAAAAUGUAAUAACGUACAACAAAACACCAAUCAGGUUGCACAAGUCGAUCCAAACCAGCAGCAACAACAACAGCCCCAGCAACAAGCAGUCGUGGAUGUAUUCACACAACCAUUUAAUGGCGCCGCCACAACGUCAACACAGGCCCUCGCUCAUACGCAUGGUUCACGUUUAGAAAUUACAGUUACAGGCGACACUCAAAUAGCAGCUUCCGCCGCCAAGGAUCAGAAACCAUAUUUUUAUGAACCAGUAUUGAAACGGGAACGCACCGAAGAAGAUAAUCAUGACAAUAUGCUAAACACAAUUAAGAUUUUCCAAAAUUCAAUGACACAAGCAGUAAGCGCUGAGGAUCAGUCAUUCGGUAUGGUUGUCACCGAUAUGCUUAAUACACUGGGCGUGCGACAGAAGGCCGAAGCCAAGGUACACAUCAUCAAGUACCUUACAGAUAUGCAAUUGUUGGCACAACAUAAUAAAUAUUAGAUUAGGAAGCACAUUGUGUUA